UCCUUCAAAGUCAAGGGAAGCAUAAGUGAACCAAGGUUGCCAGCUCUGAACUGGCAGUGCUCACUCGGGUCCAGAGUGGGCUAGAACAUACCAGAAAGGAGCUAAUAGGGAUGAUUCUUAGUGCCAGCCUUAGCCAGAGCCACCAAAUGGGAACCGGCAGCCAGACCGAGGAUACCACCCACUGGGAGUAGGAAACCAGGCAGAGGACUGCCUGCACAGAAGGGAAUCAAGCUCUCCUGGCUGUGGAGGAUGGAAGAUGGAAUAGCCAAGCCCUCCCUUCUAACAACCAUCACCCCUGUCUGUAGGGCUGACUCAGCCUGUUCCAAGGCCCAGAACCAUCUUUUGCUAGACCCCAGAGCCUUUAUCCUUAGUCAUGAGGCCUGAGGGGGUGGGGACAGUGGAUAAAAGGCCCCAAAGGCAGCACCACACCCUUCCACUGGGCUGCUGUUCACAUGAAGCCACCAGUGCAACCCCUAACCCAGGCCCUGCCCUCCUCCCUGGGAAAUGUCCUUCGAGGCACCGGUCUCCAGGUGCCUGUGAUUAAGAUGGGCACAGGGUGGGAGGGCUUAUGGCGAACUCUGAAGGAAGUAGCCUACAUCCUCCUCUGUUGCUGGUGUAUCAAGGAAUUACUGGACUAGCGGUGGCAGGGAGCACCUCCUGUCACCCCUGACACCAAGACCUGCAUCACUCAGGACUUCUGGAGCCAGCUGGCCUUCACCAAGGAUGGGCCACCAGCACGUGGAGAGUGAAAUAUGAACCCCGCCUCAUCCUGGGGCACCCAUUCCCAGCUCCCGUCUCUGCCCGUCUGGUAGGCACGAACUUGGCUUGCUGGCUAAGACUCCAAUGAGACUGCAGCCUCCAAAAUGGGUACAAUGAGCCCACCAACCCAGAUGAUUGCUCUUACCAUGUACUUGAAGAACCAGGAAUGAACCGCCCCUAAGAUCUCUGGUAAUCCUGAACUACACAUAAAAUAAAUGGGCCCUUGAGGCCAAAAAUUCUAAAUA